CACUGUGCGAGUUUGUGUUUUGCUGGAAGGAAGAAGGCGAGCGAAAGCAGUCGUUGUAACAACUGAGGCUGACAAAAUCGUAAAUAUCUCGCUCCAACGAACGAAUUUAGAGCCAUGAAUGGAACACAAGCUGAACGAGGAAGCCCCCUUGCAAGAGCAAUCCCUUCCAGACGUGUUCCUGUACAUGAUCCGAAUCAUAUGCCCUCGGAUUAUAGUACAACUCCUGGGGGAACGAUCUACAGCACAACGCCAGGAGGCACGCGUAUUAUUUAUGAGAGGAAAUUUCUACUUGAGUUGCGCAAUUCACCUUUAGCCAAGAGUCCUCCCGCCAACCUACCGGUGAUCCCUGGUGUCACAUGUGAAGACAAUGGAAAGCCAGAGCCAGAAGAGAAGCCAGAAGUGACUGCACUCCCUGGUGCCAGAGGCGAAGGAGAUGGAGAGGAACCCCAAUUUCAGAUGGACAUCUAGAUCAUUCUAAACCUGGUAAUUUGGUUCAAUGUCAAUUAACAUCAAUCCCCGGAAAGUCAUGUGAUCACCGAGUGAAGGAAGCCCAGAAAGUUUGUAAAUAUAAGGUCUCCCUGUGUACUCAAUCUGUUUGGUGCUGCUAGAUAUGAUUCUGUUGAAAUUAGAGUUUUCAUCUCUGCCAUUUAAAAAAUCGUAUAUCUCUUAGUGAUUGGAACGAUAACUAACUGCUAAUGUAAAAAUUCUCAGCUCUCUCAGAUGCCUUGAUUUUCAUAAAUUCUUUUUCUGCAAAAAGGUUGUGUGUCUGAAGCAGUUUUAGCAUGUCAAAUUGUGUGCCAUUUGAAUGUGAUUAUGGCAUGUGCUUACACAACCUUUGUUGUAUCAAGAGUUUGGGAAAGUUGGCAGCUUGAGCAACAAACAGUAGAUACUAUAAAAAAUGAAGUACAUACUAACUGACUUUUCUAAUUUGUGAAAUUAUAAUUUUUUAUGUGGUGGUAUUUUGGAAAUCAAGGAUUUUUUGGGGAAAAUGAGCAUUAUUGUUUGAAUGCCAUUUCCCAAUAACCUUUUAACACUUUUCUUUCUCUUUUACAAAACUUAUCUCAUGUUGAAUUAAGGUUUUAGCAGUUGCCGAGGGUUGAGUUACAUCCAGAAAGUAUCCAUCUUUGGUGUGAAUAAGUGGAUUACACAAAAACCAAAAAUAAUUAGAUUUUUAUUAAAUAUGUGAGUAUAGUGUCUUACUAUUCAUAUAUAAAUGUAAUGUGUAAUUUUCUGUUGAUAGUUUCCCCUCUGUACAUAUAUUUUCCAUUAAGAGAGUUUAUGUUAAUCCGUCGUGAAAAACCUAACUAGCUGUAACUAAAGCUAAGUUGUAUCAUUUUAUUAUCCAUUAGCUGCACUUAAUACAAAUGCACGCAAUUGAACCAAGUUGAUUAUCAUUUGUAGUAUUUCAUGGAUAUCAUUUUUGUAAUUCAUGAAUAAUAUCUUUAACAUUUGAACUACAAGUGAAAAAAGUUGAGAGCCCUAAAAGAAAAAAAAAUCAUUAGGAGAAAGUGUAAAUUUUUCUUUUUUUGUGGUCGGUCUCCAGACUCAUUUCAAGUUCUAAAAGAGACAUGCAAAGCAUCAUGGGUAGGUGUAUGCAAUUCACUAUUGGAAUUUGGACCUUCCCAUGAUUCUUUGCAAACCUUGUUCUUUAAAGGUGGUGGCUGCCAAUUAUUCAUGUGAAGAUGAAGAUAAAAUUUGAAGAUACUUAAUAUUAUUUUUUUUUUUGGGGGGGGGGGUGGGUUAGGUUGGAUUUGACUGCCCCUGCCAUUUUUGUUAGUGACGAGGUUUGAGGCUGGUAGGCUAUGCCACAGUACUGGGCCACACCCAUUUGUCCUUACCCCCACUCCUAGUAUAACAGCAUUAUACUUAGAAUACAACAAUGUUCCAUCCACCUUUUUAGAUUGAUUACUCUGCAGCCACCGUAGAAUUGAAAGAAUCCAUUCAAAAUAGUGGAUGGUAUCUAUUUAUUUUUAUGAUGGGAGAAAUGUAUUGAUUAAUGUGAAUAUUCAAGUAAACACAGAAUGCUAGCACUAUUUUAUGGUUGACGGAAAGCCUCUAAAUUGUUUGAAUACUGCGACUUUUAUGUUGCUUCUGAAUUCCAUUACUUAUGUAGUGAUACAAUUACUGAUCUGUUAUUAGAUUUAACUGAAUUAGUUAUAUAACUUUAAUGUUUUCUUUGAAUUAAUUAGAAUUGCUAAGCAGAUCUUAUUUUUCCAUAGAAAAAUCUUCAUGGUAGAUUAUAAAGUCGUUGGUUUUUCUUGAUAAUAGACAAUAAAGCUGUUACUUGUUUUCGAACUAUGAAUCGUUAAGCUGAGGAUAGCUCGGUGGUCGUAAUGACUGUACAUAGAUCAGAUCUGUGUGGCCCAAUAAACCUGCCACUUGACCAUGA